AGGUGACGUGCUUUGUUUAUUGGGCCGGAGUAUGGGCAUUGAUUUACUGGACCCCCAAUUAUAUUGCACAAUCACCAUCUUCUUCGCUCCCUUCUCUCUCUCUCACAUCGCAAAACAGAUCACUUCCAUUCACUGCUUGGAUCGAGUAAAAUCAUGGAUGAAGCUGCAGAGCUAAGGUAUUAUGAAGAUGAGGAUACACCAGGGAUGAAAACAUUUAAAGGUGCAACCACAGGUCUAGUUGCUGGUACUCUUUGGGGUGCCAUUAUUGCCACUUGGCAUGAUGUACCCCGUGUUGAGAGAAAUGUUGCUCUUCCUGGUUUGAUUCGGACAUUGAAAAUGAUGGGAAACCACGGAGUUACCUUUGCUGCUAUUGGUGGAGUCUAUAUAGGUGUAGAACAGCUGGUGCAGAACUAUAGGAUGAAAAGAGAUUUUUUUAAUGGAGCAGUUGGUGGAUUUGUUGCUGGUGCUUCUGUGCUGGGUUACAAAGGAAGGAGUAUUCCAACUGCUCUCUCUGCGGGAGCUGCACUUGCAGUCACUUCUGCUAUAAUUGAUGGACUAGGCGCGACCACCAGAACUGACAAUGGCAAGGAGUACUACCCUUACACUACGAAGAAACGAGUUGCUGCUGAAUGACUGUAAUUGGACAGAACUAGUGUGACUCGGUGAAAGCUCACUAUGAAUGAUGUGACUGCACUCUCUUGUUUUAUGCUGUUCUCCUUUUUCUUUAACCUGAAAGGAUGAUGCAAAUAAGAAUGCUAUGUAGUCUAUUUCUAGCAUCUCAGGUGAUUUUUGAUUGAGCUUGAAUACCUGACCAUAUAUAUUCAUGGGUUAUGUGUUGUUCAAAA